AUGGACCCGUACUCGCCUGAAGGGGAGCUCAUAAACAUCCACUCAGCCUUCCACGCGGGCGCCUACCAACAAGUCCUGGACUUUGACACAUCGUCGUUUUCCUCUACCAAUGCGCUCCCCAUUCGCGUCCUGAAGUCCCGCUCACAAAUUGCGCUUGGGCAAGCCAAGCAAGUUUCCGCCGAUCUCGCUAGCGAAAAGACACCCGAUCUCAUCGCCGUACGGCUACUGGCAGACUACGAGCAGGGCAAGGAUGUUGUUGCACAGGCGAAGAAGCUCGCAGAGCAGCAUGGGCAAGAGAACCUAGCAGUGCAGUUGUGUGUCGGGAUCCUGCUGGAGAGGGCGGGCGAGACGGAUGCGGCAUUGGAGCUCUUGAGUAAGCACCAGGGUAGCUUGGAUGCUGUAGCACUCAUUGUGCAGAUACACCUACAACAAAACCGCUCCGAUCUCGCGACAAAAGAAGCACAGCGCGCACGGAAAUGGGCACAGGACAGUCUCCUUGUAAACAUUGCGGAAUCGUGGGUUGGCAUGCGCGAAGGCGGCGAAAAGUAUCAAUCCGCAUUCUACGUCUUCGAAGAGCUCGCCCAAACCGCUCAGUCUCAAUCCCCACACUCCCUCGUUGCGCAAGCCGUCUCAGAACUUCAUCUCGGGCGCCUCCCUGAAGCUGAAGCCGCCUUACAACAAGCCAUCGCCAUUGAUGAAAAUUCCGCGGAUACAAUUGCAAAUCUUAUCGUGUUGAACACACUGCUGGGUAAGAAGGAUGAGACGAAACAGUUGACGGAGAAGCUGCAGACAGUAGACAAGCAACACAGAGCAGUGAAGGACUGGACAGAGAAGAAGGAGGAGUUUCAGAAGGCUAUGGGGAAGUACACACCGAAGUUUGAGGUUGCUUCUUGA